AUGGCUAAUAAUCCUACCUUCAAACCAUCGCCGUUGUCCUUUGGGUCACCAAGGGCAUCGCCCUUCCGGAGGCCGUCCACGCCGAACUCCCCGCCCUCUGCCAGUCGUGCAGGAAACACCCCGGGAAGCUCGCCUGGCCGAGGAUACACUCCUAUGGUAUCCCCGAGCAAGUUGAAUCAGACAUACACAGUAGAGGAUAGUGGCUCGCAAUCUCCAAAGAGCCGGUCUCCGAUCCCCCAGCCCAACUUCGGCAGAGAGCUUCCUCCCUCCCCGACCAAAGGAGCACGAUCUCCAGGAAAUUUGUCUCCGAUUACGAGCAGUAGAGCGGCCGAAUUUACGGGCCUUGCUGGUGACGCAGCUGGAAAGCUACUCCCUCACCAAGUAAGGGAGAUCAGAGAGGCAUUCCAGGUUCUAGACCGGGACAAUGAUGGCUUGGUCAACAAGGAUGAUGUGAUUGAUGUGCUUACAACCCUGGGCCAAGACUCGUCCCCAUCCACACUCUCGCGCUUCUUCCCGCCCUCAGGAAGCCAAAAUAUCAAUUUCCCAACUUUCUUGAAUACCCUGUCUGAACUCAUGGCAUCGAUGUCACCCUCACAGGAGCUCCUGAAUGCUCUAGCUGCAUUUGAUGAUGACGAUGACGGACAGAUUGAUAUUACCGAACUACGCGAUGCUCUUUUACAUACGGGCCUAGAAGAGGGAGAGACACGACUCAGUGAGAGAGAGAUUGAAGAAGUCUUUAGAGGGUUUACUGGGCGGCGAGCAUUUGCAGGCCGAGGAUCUAAGAGCGGGAUUGGCAAGAAGGGCGAGGUGUUCCAUUAUCUCGACUUCGUGCGCAAUGUGAUCGGUGGCGAAAAUGGAAAUAAUGCGAAACAAGAGGGAGACGCAGCGCAAGCAUGA